AUGGAAGAAGGUAAUAUUGGUCGAGAUCGUAUUGUUAAUGAACAUCUUGUCGAUGAAGAUUAUUUUUGUACAAUAUGUUGUUGCCUUUUAUGGAAACCAUGUGCAUGUAGUAAAUGUCAUCAUCAUUUUUGUCAAAACUGUAUUCAUACAUGGCUUGAAAAUCCCAACAAUAGUGGUGAACGAUGUCCAUUGUGUCGUCAACCAUUUGAAGAAGAACCUUGUUCAUCACAAAUUUAUUCAACAUUAGAUCGUUUAAAAAUUUAUUGUCGAAAUUCAAAAUUUGGUUGUAAACACGUGCGAUCUUAUAAUUCAUUAGAAUCACACGAAACUAUCAGCUGUAAAUAUCUUAGUGAGCAAUGUUCAGAGUGUGAUCAAUUAAUACUUAUAUCGAAACGAGAUGAACACUAUGAAACACCGGGAUUAUGCACUCCACAUCCAGUUAAAUGUACUUCUUGUCAAACUUAUAUUGAAAAACCAUUAUUCAAAGAUCAUUUUUGGGAAUGCUUUGAGAAUAGAAUAGGUGAAAUUUUUGGAGAAACUCUUGAAACUAACAAUAUACAAACAAUAACAAAUGAUGAACAAGUAGCACGUCCUAUAUGGCUGCAAGCAUUUCAUAAUGGAUUGAAUAUACUAAACUUUUUGGAAGAACAACGACAAUAUUCGCCAAUACCAACAAAUUUGAUUGGAGUUGACGUAGUUAGACAAGCACGAGAACAACAAUGUGGAUUUUUUUAUCAUAUUUUUAUGGUGUUAAGGUUUCUUUUAGCCAAUAUUUCCAAAGCUCCGGCUUUUAUUUUAAUAUUAUCAGGUGUUGGACUUGUUCAAUUAACAACUGGAAUUUUCUUUAUUUAUUGGAAGUUGGUUGUACGAGCAGGUGUUCAUAUUAAUCGAGGUUGUUGUUUUAUUAUGUUGUUUAGCUAUGUUUUAAUCUAUGGAAUUUUGUUAUUAUUUCGAUUUGUAUCUGAUUCAUUGAUUAUUUCCUUAUUUGUACUCAUUACAUUUUUCUUGGGCUGUAGUAAUCGUCAUUUACCAUUGGAAUUAUAUGAAUUUUCCCCUGAAAUCUAUUCGACAAAACUGAAAAUUGCUUUUUAUUGUGGUGUGCUAUUAAUCAUGAAAAUAUUAUUGUUAUUCUGUCGAUUUUAUUGUUGGUGUAUACCGACAUAUGUAACAGCUGGUUGUGUUGCUUGGAUCAAUUUCUUUCUUGCUUAUCAUACAAAACGUCCCCAUCAAAAUAAUACUCCGUCGCCAAUAGUUCAAACAAUAACGACUACAUAG